GUCAGAAACCACGCCUACGCCGUAGUAGGAUUCGCAAUUUCGCCAAGCGAAGAUGGCGGCGUGUAGACGUGUGCAGCGAGUCCUGCUGUUGAUAUUCAUCUCCGGCUGGAUCUGUUGCGCUCAUGGAGCCAAAUCACUAAACGCAGGCAACGAAAAUGUGGAUAAUGUCGAGCGAGGCAAAAACCAAGCAGAAGUGGGGAAGGCAGCGGCGGCGGAUGGGGCCUCCGUGGUCCGGCGCGGCAAUGCCUGGAAGCUCGCUGAGGAGGCGGCCUGUCAGGAGGACGUGAGCCGGAUCUGCCCUAAACACUCAUGGAGCAACAACCUCGCUGUGCUGGAGUGCCUGCAGGACCGCAAAGAUGGCACUGAGAUCACCUCAGACUGCAAUCAUUUGCUGUGGAACUACAAGCUGAAUUUGACAAAAGAUCCAAAGUUUGAGAAUGUUGCCAGUGAGGUUUGCAAGAGUACCAUCAGUGGGAUUAAGGAGUGUGCGGCAGAGGAGCGUGGGAAGGGUUACCUGGUGUCGUGUUUGGUGGAUCACCGCAGUAAUAUCUCAGAGUACCAGUGUAACCAGUACAUUACAAAGAUGACCACCAUCAUCUUCAGCGAUUAUCGCCUCAUCUGUGGCUUCAUGAACAAGUGCGAAGAUGACAUCAACAUACUGCACUGUGGGAGUGUCAACACCGGUGAAAAGGAUCUCCAUUCUCAAGGAGAGGUGAUCUCGUGUCUGGAGAAAGGACUGGUUAGCGAAGCCGAGGAUCAGCCGGGUCACCACGUUAUCAAAGAAGAGUGCAAGAAGGCCAUCAUGCGUGUGGCCGAGCUUUCCUCCGACGACUUCCACCUAGACCGCCACCUCUACUUCGCCUGCCGGGAGGACCGUGAACGCUUCUGUGAAAAUACUCAGGCAGGAGAAGGCAAGGUCUAUAAAUGUCUCUUCAACCACAAGUUUGAGGAGGGCAUGUCAGAUAAAUGUAAGGACGCCCUUUCCACUCGCCAGAAGCUAAUAGCUCAGGACUAUAAGGUCAGCUAUUCACUGGCUAAAGCUUGCAAACCAGACUUGCGCAAAUACCGUUGCAACAUGGACUCGGCUAUGCCGCGUGCCCGGGAGGCGAAACUUUCUUAUCUCCUGCUGUGUCUGGAGACAGCCGUACACCGAGGUCAAACCGUGACCGGGGAAUGUCAGGGAGAGAUGUUAGACUACAGACGGAUGUUGAUGGAAGAUUAUUCCCUCAGUCCAGAGAUUGUGCUGCAUUGCAGAAGCGAGAUCGAGAGCCAGUGCUCUGGCCUUCACCACAAGGGUCGAACGCUCCACUGUCUCAUGAGAGUGUCCCGGGAAAAGGGCAUAUUUGAAAGCCACUGCCAGAAAGCUCUCCAGACACUGAUACAGGAAACAGACCCCGGGGCAGACUAUCGUAUCGACCGGGCUCUGAACGAGGCCUGCGAAUCCGUCAUACAGACCGCCUGCAAACACAUCCGAAACGGAGACCCCAUGAUCCUGUCCUGUCUUAUGGAGCAUCUGUACACUGAUAAAAUGGUUGAAGCUUGUGAACAGAGAUUACUUGAGCUGCAAUACUUCAUAUCCAGAGACUGGAGGCUGGACCCCAUCCUGUAUAAAAAGUGUCAGAAUGAUGCCGCCCGCAUUUGUCACACUCACGGCUGGAACGAGACCAGCGAGUUCAUGCCACCCGGGGCGGUUUUCUCCUGUCUGUACCGCCACGCUUACCGCACUGAGAUGCAGGGACGACGGGGUUCAUCAGAAAGCUCUGAAGUAAAUGCCAAAGUAAGUUUGAAUUUAUCUCGGGACUGUAAAACGGAAGUUCAGAGGAUCCUUCACCAGAGGGCGCUGGACGUGAAACUGGAUCCCGAACUUCAGCAGCGAUGCAUGACGGACCUCGGAAAGUGGUGCAGUGAAAAGACGGAAGCCGGUCAGGAAUUGGAGUGUUUGCAGGAUCAUUUAGAUGAUUUGGUCUCUGCCUGCCGGGAUGUGGUCGGAAACCUCACAGAACUGGAAUCGGAGGACAUUCAGAUUGAAGCUCUGUUGAUUCGUGCCUGUGAGCCCGUCAUUCAGUCCUACUGUCAUGAGGUGGCUGAUAACCAGAUAGACACAGGAGAUCUUAUGGAGUGUCUUGUUGCCAACAAGCACCAGAAGGAAAUGAAUGAGAAAUGUGCAGUCGGAGUCACACACUUCCAACUGAUCCAGAUGAAAGACUUCCGCUUCUCGUACAAGUUCAAGAUGGCGUGCAAGGAGGACGUGCUCAAACUGUGUCCCAACAUCAAAAAGAAGGUGGAUGUGGUGGUCUGUCUCAGCACCACAGUGAGGAACGACACUUUACAGGACGUCAAAGAGCAGCGAGUUUCCUUGAAAUGCCGAAAACAACUCCGAGUUGAGGAACUGGAGAUGUCUGAGGACAUCCGCCUGGAGCCGGAGCUGUACGAGAGCUGUCGACAAGACAUCAAACAGCACUGUCAGAAUGUAGUGUUUGGAAAUGCUCAGGUCAUCGAAUGUCUGAAGGAGAACAAGAAGUUGUUGAAUCCACACUGUCACCAGAAAGUCUUCAGACUACAGGAACAAGAAAUGAUGGAUCCAGAACUUGACUUUCAGCUCAUGAGAGUUUGCAAGCAGAUGAUCAGGCGCUUCUGCACUGAGACCGAUUCUAAGAACAUGUUGCAGUGUCUCAAACAAAACAAAAACAGUGAACUAAUGGACCCGAAAUGCAAACAAAUGAUUACCAAAAGGCAGAUCACCCAGAACACAGAUUAUCGUCUGAACCCUGUGCUCAGGAAGGCUUGCAAAGCUGACAUCCCUAAAUUUUGCCAGAAUAUUCUGAACAAGGCCAAGGAUGACAAUGAGCUGGAGGGACAGGUCGUCUCCUGUCUCAAACUCAAGUAUGCAGACCAGCGUCUUUCUCCGGACUGUGAAGAUCAGAUCCGUGUGAUUCUGCAGGAGUCUGCGCUGGACUACAGACUUGACCCGCAGCUUCAGCUGCAAUGCACUGAGGAGAUCCCGCGGCUCUGUGCGGAGGAAGUCGCGGCGCAGGAGCAGACGGGUCAGGUCGAGGAGUGUCUGAAAGUCAACCUGCUGAAGAUAACUCACGAAGGCUGUAAAAAAGAAGUUUUGAACAUUUUGAAGGAGAGUAAAGCCGAUAUUUUUGUGGAUCCAGUUCUACACACAGCUUGCGCGCUGGACAUUAAACACCAGUGUGCCGCUAUCCUACCAGGCAGAGGCAGACAGAUGUCCUGUCUGAUGGAAGCUCUCCAGGACAAGCGUGUGAGACUACAACCCGAGUGUAAGAAGAGAUUACAGGACCGAAUCGACAUGUGGAGCUACGCUGCCAAGGUAGCACCAGCCGAAGGUUUCUCUGAUCUGGCCGGGCAGGUUUUCACUUCCCCCGCCAAGACCUACAUCUUAAGCAUGCUGGCGAUGAGCGUGCUCCUGCUUUUCUUCAUGGGUCUGCUGUGCGGUCGCAUUACCAAGCGCGUGACGCAGGAGUUGAAGGACAGAAAUCUUGAUCAGCCAUGGUUUGCGCCCUUAGACAGGACCGGAAAAGGAUACAAUCUCAUUUACUAACAUUAAUACCAAUCAAAUUUACUAAUUUGGUGUAUGCUUAAAUUACUUCUGGGCCCAUAAAAUGUUUCAUGUUCGCCCGUGUUAUUGAAUGUAUCCUCAUUUGGAUCCAUACAUGGUGUGUGUGAUUGUAUACUUCAUAUGCUCUUAUAUUCCUGUUUGACUCUGUGAUCAGGGUUUCUGGCAAAGAUCCGUUUUGAAGAAUUAAUUCAUGUUUCUCAUUUAAAGCUAUAAAUCAGUACAGCUUUCCCCUUCACUUUUAUUUUUCUGCAUAAACUGAUUCUUAGACAUCCACUGUGCUUGUGUACACAGUAGUCCUGUUGGUACAAAUGACUUAAACUGGUAUUUUAAGAUGUAAACAUAUUUCAGUCACAAGAUUAGUAUUGGACAAAGACCACAAAUAAUGUCUUCCUCGCAGAAAUUUCUGUUUGUGUAUAAAUAAAAGCGCACAACCCAUUGAGUAGUGUGUGUAUUAAUAAUAAGAAUGAAAAAUAAAGUUUCUGUAAUCUGAUGGAGUGCAGGGUUGCAAUGACAAACGGUAAACUAUUUUUUUGGACUAGUUAAACUACCCCCAGAGAAACUUCUAUGCGUGUGUCAUGCCCAUUCACAACAACUGCUUUGUGUUUGUCAAGUCAACCUGACAAAAAUGAUAAAUGGCAUUAAUUUUUUUUUCUUUCAGUGUACAAAUUUAUUAUAAGUAUUUUUCCUCAAAUCCGAUUAAACAAUGUACUAUACAGAUAUGAAAUAACUCUGCUUUACUUUUGUCUUUACUUUUCUUUUGCUUUUCUUUGAUCUGUAAGUUGAAUUGGAUUGUUGUUAAUAAAAUUGAUCUAAUGGUUUGUA